GGCGCGAAGUUAGGAUCGUUAGUCCCUAUUUGUAAGUAACAUUACAAGAUACAUAUGUUGACUAACUUCCUCGCAUGAUUAGGACUAUUGCAUGACGUGCGCACCAUUCAAUGCCUCGGGCAAUAUCUUUCCUCUGCUGUCUGACGCGUUAGCCGUCGGUGUCGUGAACGAAUCGCGUAAAGAUAUACCGCGAUACAUCAUCGCCAACACGGGAAGCGUUCGGUUCGACAUGUACAAGGGGCCUUUCACUUAUGACGAUCAAUUCAUCGUCUCGCCGUUCCGUGACAUUUUCUUGUACAUUCCAGAUGUGCCCUACGCCUUGGCCAGGAACUUAACCGAGUUACUCAACAAUGCUGGUGCCAGUCGGAAGCGUAACGUUGGUAUUAUCCCUGUUGAACGCGACAUCUGCGUCGACCCUGUCCCUGUCCGCUUCACCGAAUCUAGGAGCGAAGAGCGUCGUGCGUUUAAUCACGAAUCUCCUAGAAUUACGAGGCGUCAAGUUGUCGACUUGACCGCCGGUUAUACCACCAUGGAUGACUUUGGCACUGAUGGCGACGACACUGCGCAUUCCAAAAUUCCGUACUACGAAAUCCCCGAUUUUUUCCAAGGCGUAGCUGGAUUUAGUGAUAAUCAGACGGCAGAUGUUGUUGAUGUCGUGUUUGUUGAUUUCAUCGAGAGUGAUCUUCUUGCUAUCCUCGGCUCUAAUUAUAGCUCUGCCGAUGUCUCGUAUUAUAUCGAUGCGAACUUCACAACCCAAGACUACUUGCCGUUGUAUAUCCAGCAGACGAGAGCUUUCCAAACCGGGUUGCCUAAUUGUAGGUAGGUAGGUAGUUAGGUAGUUAAUAGGGAUUAGUUUAGCAUUUAACGACGUCUUAUCUUAAUGCGAUGUUGUUCAAUUGAUACACCUAAAAGUAGAA